AUGCUCAGAUAUCGAGGAGAAAACGGACAACUUAUAUUAGAGCACAUCUUACAGAUUGCUCCAGCAGGAGAGGACUCAAUGGAGCCUGAUCAGGGUACAGUGGAGGUUGGGCCAUCUAAUCAAAUACCCUUAUAGCC